GGACUGCUUAUAAAAACCGGGUGCAAAUCUGGAAUAUCAGAGGAGACAAACAAGGAAGAAUGAUGCUCCUGCUUCUGUCUGCUCUGCUGCUGGGCGUGGCCGUGGACGCCUCACCUGACAACAGAUUCUUCAUCUCAGCUCCAAAUGUGUUCCAUGUGGGAGUGAAAGAGAAAGUCUUUAUACAGACGGGCAAAAACCAUCUAAACAGAAAUCUCAUGGUUUACUUGGCGAGUGAGAGUGAAGAUUCUUAUUUGUCAGAUAUAGUGCAUGUUACAUGUACAAAGGAAGAGAAGGGGGAGAUAGUGGAGCUGAUGUUAGACCAAACUAGGCUCCGCAAUCUGAGACCUGCUGUGAUACCUAUGUAUGUCAAUGUGGUGGUACAAGGCCUUUCCGGGGGCCAACGCCACUCAACCAAGGUACUGCUCUCCAUGCACAGAGGCUACAUUUUUAUUCAGACUGACCAGCCUCUAUACAAGCCAAUGGACACAGUCAAAUUCAGGAUAUUUACUCUUGACCACACAUUCAGGCCAUCAGAUGGAGUUUUUCACCUGUUAUUGUAUAAUGCUGCUGGCAAUAGAGCACUGAAAGCAAUGUACACUACGAAGGGAGGCCUAUUUGAAAACCAUUUUGUCCUCCCAGAUGUGGCUAAAACAGGCAUGUGGAAGAUUGUGGCACACUAUGAAGGGGAUAGAGAUCAUGCUGUUUCCAAAGAGUUUAAAGUUCAAAAGUUUGUGAUGCCAAGUUUUGAUGUGAACAUUCAAAUGGAGAAUAAGUAUAUUUUAGUCAGUGCUAAAGAAGAAGAAAUAAACUUCAGAAUCUUGGCAAGGUAUACACAUGCACACCCAGUGAACGGAGCCUACCACUGUCAGUUUGGAACAAUUCAACAAGAAUCAAAUGGAAACCCAAGCUUGAUUAUGGGCAUGGAGCAGGCUGGAUCUGUUAAGGAUGGAACAGCAUCAGUUUCAGUGAAUAUCGCAAAAUUAAGCCAAAAAAUACUAAACCAGAAGAACCUCACCUUGUCGGACUUAGAGGGUCACGGGCUACUUCUGUAUUUGGGAGUACUUGUCACUGACAUACAAAAUGGUGAAAUUCAACAGCGACAUAUAUCUUUACCUGUAGUGUCUCACAAAUACAGGAUUGACCUUUCAAGAACUGGCUCUUAUUUCAAAUCUGGAUUUCCAUUUAAUGUGGCAGCGCUGGUUCGUCUGCCAGACGGCUCUCCUGCAGAGAAAGUGCCAGUAACAAUGACAUUAAUGGAUCAAACAGGGCAAAGUACAACUAACCUGCAGGGGGCAGUGUUUUAUACAUUUAAUGCUGUGUCCAGGACGGAAGCGACUCUUACAGUGUCUGUAGAUGACAGCCGUGUAUCCAAAGUUAUAAAAGCUGCUGAAUCUCAAGUUGACCUCUACCUGGCUGUAGAACAUAAAGAGUACACAGUUGGAGAUGAACUAAAAGUGACGUUUGUGACUAAAAACCCUCCACAGACUGGGUUUAUACAUUUCCUGGUGCUGAGCCGAGGAUCUAUAGUCCAGACGGGUCAUAUGAACAUGGGAGGAUCACUCACACGCACCCUGCAGAUAUCAGAAAACAUGGUGCCAUCCUUCCGUCUGAUUGGCUACUUCUACACUCAAAACAAUGACAUCAUCAGUGACUCUGUGUGGCUGGCUGCCAAAGACAAUUGUGAGGACAAAGUGAUGAUAACAGUUAAAGGAAACAUUGAACCACGACGUCUGUCAAUGAUAGAUAUUGAUUUGAAUGGGCAAGAAGCCACAGUGGCUCUGCUGGCAGUGGACACAGCUUUCCAUAGCCUUAAUGCAGAUAACAAACUCACUCAGGAGCAGGUGUACUCCUCAAUGGAGGCCUAUGACCUGGGCUGUUCAUAUGGUCGAGGACAAGAUCCUGACUCUACUAUGUUAGAAGCCGGAUUGGCAUUUGCAAUCCAGCCUCGCGCCGUUUGGAGAACAGACUUGAAUUGCCAUUCCAGAGUACGACAAAAGCGAUCUGUGGACCUUGAACAAGAAAUGAUGGCAUUAAAAUCCAAGUAUGAAGGAGAGGAUUUGCAAAGCUGUUGUGCUCGUGGGUUCCUUCUUAUCCCUAUGCAAUGGUCAUGUGAGGAGAGGGUUAAUAGGGUCCUUGAGCUCCAGGGGAACACCUCCUGUACUCAGGCCUUCAAGGACUGCUGCCUGGAGGGGCAGCGCCUGAGAGAGCAGAGGGCCAAAGAGGAGGCUAAGAAAGGACUGUCCAGAACUGCAAGUUUACUGGAAAUUGAAGAGUACUUCCUGAACACAGACAAUUCAUUCAUCAGGAAAUUUUUCUCCUCUUCAUUUGCUUUCAAAUCAUUUCCUGUGAAGGGCAAAAUAAGCUAUAACCUAGGUAUGCCCGAUUCUAUCACCACAUGGGAGCUUCAGGUCGUCACUUUGUCCAGAUCAUCAGGUUUGUGUGUCCCAAAGCCAACUCUCCUGAGGGCGUUUAAACCAGCUUUUGUGUCUCUGAGACUUCCUACAGUCAGGAAGUAUGAACAAAUGUAUAUUGCUCCAGUGAUUUACAACUAUGGUACUGAUGCUGACCUUCAUGUGGCAGUGCACAUGUCCCAGAGUGAAGGACUUUGUUCUCCAGGCUCAGCCACCUUGAUGUCGUUUGUAAACGUUACCGUGGGCCCAGGGUCUUCACAGACAGUCACAUUUUCUGCUGUCCCAAUGAGAAGUGGCUCAAUACCUAUUCAAAUACGCCUGUAUGACAUCAGAGAAAGGUCAGAAAUAGAUGGCAUUGAGAAGACUUUGAAUGUAUUGACAGAGGGAGUUGAAAAGACUGAAGAAGAAACAACAAUAAUACAUUUAAAUGGGACAAAUGAUUUGAACCGUAAACUUGAUGGAAAGUUACCAGAUGACACAGUCCCUGGUUCUAUAUCCAAUAUUUUCAUUUCAGUUGAGGAGGAUGGAUUUAGCAGAUCACGUGUGAGGAACCUCAUUGAUCCAGAAAAAGCAAUUAAACUCAUUAAACUGCCCAAUGGCUGUUUGGAGCAGACAACUAGGACUCUCACUCCAACAGCUGUGGCUGUGCGCUACCUGGAUAUGAGUGAUCAGUGGUUCACCAUGCCUCCCAGAGCCCGAGAUGAUGCAGUUAGUUACAUUGGGAAAGGUGUUGCUAGAAUUACACAGUUACUAAGGGAAAACAAAACACCGGGGGCUUAUGGGUUAUGGCCCAGGCAUCGACCCAGCACCUGGUUAACCUCCCAUGUGGUGAAAGUUCUGUCAAUGCUGGCGAAACGGCAGCUGUUCACUUAUGAUCAAGAGGGAAGAAAGAGUAUAAACGCACCAACACAGGAAAUUACAGAAGGAGUCAGAUAUCUGAGCUCUAAACAGGAAACAGAUGGUUCAUUCGGUGAUGCAAAUCCUGUUCUACAUAGAGGCAUCUUGACAGGUGUAGACAGCAAGGCAUCCAUGACAGCCUUUGCUACUCUAGCAUUAUCCCAUGCUCUUGAUUUAUUGGAGGAACCAGACAAGAGUUCUACGGAAACUGUCAUAUCAAAAGCAACACAAUAUCUUUGGUCAAACUUUAACCAACUGAAACAUCCAUUAGCCAUUGCCAUCACAGCAUACUCCCUCGCAGAACAUAAAGAGUAUGCACCAGAGGUCAGACGCACUAUUAACUGGGCAAAAUUUGAAACUACAGACAAGGCUGCAAUCACAGUAGAGGCCACAGCAUAUGCGUUGCUGACUGCAGUGGCCCUCAAAGAAGUUCAACAAGCACAUAAAUUAGCACAUUGGUUAAGCACACAAGAAAAUUACUUUGAUGGCUUCUACUCCUCACAGGAUACUUUAGUAGCUUUGGAGGCUCUUUCAGAAUAUGAAAUGAUGGUACCAACCACAUCUGAAACAAAUGUUGAAGCAGUAUUCAGAGUUCAAGGUAAAAAUCAUGUUGAAAAGUUACAUAUGGACAACAAAGAGAAGGUGGAAAAGGACCUAAAGCGCUUUGUUGGGAAUGAUAUUAUAGCAGUAUUCAAGGGAUACGGAAAAGCCAAAGUUAAAGUUAUGAAAGUGUUCCAUCUGAUGGAGCCAAAAGACAUUUGUGAUAAACUGUCGCUUGAAGUGAAAGUGGAGGGGAAAGUCAAGUACACUGCUCCAAUCCUAGAUAAUUAUGAAUAUUAUGAUGACGACAAUACAGAACAAAGUGAUUACAGCCGAGUGCGUCGUUCAGCCAUUGAGUGGUUUGAUAUUCGCACACGCAGGCGAAGAGAAGUGAUCGGUGAUCAAGAUGUCACUUAUGAAGUUUGUGUCAUGCAUAGCCCCAGCUAUAAUCUCACAGGAAUGGCCAUUAUUGACCUUACACUCCUGAGUGGGUUUGAGGCUGACGCAAACGACCUGGAAACUCUUACAGCUCCACCAGAACAGUACAUCUCCCACUAUGAACUGUCACCUGGUAAAGUUCUGAUCUACCUGAAUCAGCUCGUCAGACAAAAGCAGUGUUUCCAGUUCGAUGCUAAACAGUUGUACACAGUUGGCCUUCUGCAGCCUGCACCUGCAGUCUUUUAUGACUAUUAUGAGCCAGGUCAGAAGUGUACAGUGUUCUACUCAGCACCAAGGAGAAGCCAGGUGAUCUCCAAGCUGUGUUCGGGGGAUGUGUGCCAGUGCGCAGAAAGGCCUUGUCACAAAAUAAGAAAUACAUUCAGGCACGCUGAAGAAGACCGUGCGAUCACUAUGGACGACCGCCAAAACCACGCCUGCUUCUACCCUCUUGUGGAUUAUGCAUACAUGGUGACUGUCACAGAAUGUUCUGAGAAAAACAACUUUGAACUGUACAAAUCCACUGUGACUGAUGUGUUGAAAAUCAAGGGUGACCAUGAUGUGAAGAUUGGCUCUCAUCGAGUGUUUGCCAAAAGAAGACAUUGUAAAAGCAGUUUAGAAGCAGGAAUGGAGUACCUCAUUAUGGGAAAAGAUGGCACCACUACUGACGCUCACGGGAAGAAACAGUAUCUUUUGGACGUGAACACUUGGGUUGAACCAAAACCGUUUGAUUGUGACAGCAGUGACAAUGAAAAUGCAUGCAAUGACUUUACAAAUUUUGUGGAAGACUUCAAGAUUAACUCAUGCAAACAGUGAAUAAAAUAUUCAUUUAUUUUGCUAAAAAAAAUACAUCUGUUCUUCAAAAUGUAUCCAUUCUUAAAGUAGUAAUUGUUAUCAGUACCUUAUAAAUGGAAUAAAUAAAAUACACAUUAUUUCAUAAA